CGUUGUUUUUCCAUCAGAAAAAAAACAGUGAAAGAGUGCAGAAAGAAAUAGUGAGAAAAAAUGCAUUACAAGUAACAAAACUGCAAAUUAACUAAUUAGUGAAUAGUGCAAAAGGCUGCAGCUGAUUGACAAAAAAAUCAAAAUCAAAAUGCAUUAACAAAACAUGUAGCUGCGCUGUGGUAAAUUCCCCACUCCAAAAAAAGCGAAAAGAAAAUCGGUGCAAAAGGAAAACAAAAUACACAGCCAAACGCGAAUGUAAAUGUAAAGUGCAGGCAAAAGUUUCAUUGCAGGAAGCAACGUCGCACAGACAACAACGGAGCAUCAGCAGCAGCAGCAGUUGGUUGGUUGGUGCAGAUAAGCACUAUUGAUAACAAUUGAUACUGAGACCGAGACUGAAACUCAAACUGAAACUGAAACUGGUUUCGAUUGACCGAACGAGUCUCCUGCGCAGCGGCAGCGGCAGCGGCCACAUUCUCGCUUAUCAUUGACCGAGCAUGUCGCACGGCAGCGCCGGCGCGCAAUCUGGUGGCGGUGGCGUUGGCGCUGGUAGCGGCAGUGUUGGCGGCGGCGCAGCGGCUGCGGCGGCAGCAGCAGCAUCUAAUUCCGAAUAUCGUGAGCUACAUUGGACGGUGUCGAGCGUGAUGGACUCGUCACGCGUAUCUACCUGCCUUAUAUCGAUGCUCCUGAUUGUCUACGGCAGUUUUCGCAGCCUCAACAUCGAGCAGGAGGCUCGCGAGCGUGAGCAGAAGAAGCGCAACGAGUCCAUGACAAAUCUGCUAACGGGCGAGCAAGUCGAAAAGGAACCAACGGACAAGUUUGCAACGCUGGAUACGAUGCAUGCGCUGUGUCUGCCACUUGGCGCUUCCAUAUCGCUGCUCAUCAUGUUCUUCUUUUUCGACUCGAUGCAGCUGCUCUUCGCCGUGUGCACAGCCAUCAUUGCCACUGUGGCGCUGGCAUUCCUCCUGCUGCCGAUGUGCCAGUACAUCAUACGUCCCUGCACGGAUGGGAAGCGUUUCUCCUUUGGGAUCUGUGGUCGUUUUACGGCAGCGGAGCUCUUUAGCUUUACGCUCUCCGUAUCCAUUGUGUGCGUCUGGGUGCUCACUGGUCACUGGCUGCUAAUGGACGCCAUGGGCAUGGGUCUGUGUGUCGCAUUUAUAGCGUUCGUGCGAUUGCCCAGUUUAAAGGUGUCAACUCUGCUGUUGACCGGUCUGCUGAUCUAUGACGUAUUUUGGGUGUUCCUCUCAUCGUACAUAUUCAGCACAAACGUGAUGGUCAAAGUGGCCACACGACCCGCCGAUAAUCCCGUUGGCAUUGUGGCCCGCAAAUUGAAUUUGGGCGGCAUUGUGCGGGACACACCGAAGCUGAAUUUGCCGGGCAAACUGGUCUUCCCCAGCAUACACAACACCGGACAUUUCUCAAUGCUUGGCCUCGGCGAUGUGGUGAUGCCGGGUCUGCUGCUCUGCUUUGUGCUUCGCUAUGAUGCAUAUAAAAAGUCACAGGGCUUUACAUCGGAUCCAACGCUAUCGCCGCCAAAGGGUGUUGGCUCCCGGUUAACAUAUUUUCAUUGUUCCUUAUUGGGCUAUUUCUUGGGUCUUUUAACGGCUACGGUCAGUUCGGAGGUGUUUAAGGCCGCGCAGCCCGCCUUACUCUAUUUAGUACCGUUUACGUUAUUGCCACUGCUGCUGAUGGCCUAUUUGAAGGGCGAUCUUCGGCGGAUGUGGAGUGAACCUUUUAUUGCGCAUCAACCAUCAAAACAAAUGGAAGUCUGAGUGAACUCUAUCUUAAAACAGAAUUAAACAAAAUAAAAACCCAAGAAAAAUAAGGAAUAAGAGACAAACGAACACCACACAAUUCUAAAACUAUGAAUUAUAUCUCUUAAAAAGCUUUUUUUUAAGUUAGGUGAUCCUCUUUUUAGUACAGUAACAGCAAAACCGAAUAAUAAAUGUACGUAGUUUUAGCCUAAGUGGGAAAGUUUUUUAAAACCACACAAAUGUACUUGUAUAUGUUAAUUGAAUUUGGGCUUUACGUUGCGCAAGGCAAUAACUAGACUCAGCUUAUGCUGAACGUAAUAUUGAGAAUGGAAUCAAAUGGCAGAUUUCAGAUGCGCUUCAAUCUCGCUCAGACUCAAGCUGCAUUCUUACUUACAUACAAACCUGCAUAUAUACUAUAUAUAGUAAAGGUUUAGUAUUAGCUCGAUUUUUUAUUUAGCAACUGUUGAGAUUUAGUUUUGUUCAUUUAGUUUUAAAAAAGCAUUUUCAACAUUUCCAACAACACAUGAAAAGCGAACAUAACUUCACCAUCAUUUUUGUAUUCGCAUCAAUUAUUCAUUUUCUGUAAAUACUUAAUUUUAAUAACAAUCACAAAUAAUAGUUAGUAAGUGGCCCGCAUUUUAAAUUCAUACGAUUUCAAUUGUCUUUUUCAACACACAUUUCCGUCCCCAUUUCUAUUUCCUGCAUUCAACUUACACACACAAAAAAAAUAUGUUUUGCCAAAAUGCAUGUGUUCGAUUAAAAAGAUAAAUAUUGAAGAAAGAAAGAAAGAAAACAAAAAAAGCCAACAAACAAAGAAAACAUAUGUUGCACUCUGUGUGUUUCACAAAUUAAGUUUCAAGAAUUUUAAUUAUUUAUAACGAUCAAGCAAACCUAACAAUAAUACAUAAUUAUAAAUACAUGCAUAGUAGUUACAUAAUAAUUUUAAGUAAAUGCAAUUUCGAAACAUAUAGAAACAAUAAAAAAUGUGAGAUUUGAACAUAAA